UUUUUUUUACAAAACACGACCACACAGCACACAUUAAUCUGAAAAGUAUCAAUAAUGUCCAUAAUCAAUGGAUACCUAAACUUUCUGCACAGCUUCCAAAGGGAGCAUCCGUUUCUGCCCAACAAUGAGGCAUUGCGUCAGGGAGCUCAGUGUUGGGUGCGUCUGAGCAACCAGGCUAAGAGCAAAUAUCGCAGAAGGCCUAAAACCAAGCUCAGAUCCAAACUCAAGCCGAAGCCGAGGCGAAAGGCAAAUCUACGCGCACUAAAGCCGAAGCGAAGGAUUCAACGUCAACGUCGGCCUCGGCGUAAAAAUCAAACCGGACGGACACGCCAGAAUCGCCCACGUCGAGCCCCUCUGAAGAAACCUCGACCACCAAUGGUCAAGCCAAAGCCAAAAUAUUUGCAGCCCAAAAAGCCACAAUGCAAGCGCUACCCUUUUCAACCAAAAUUCCAGCCUCCAGAAAACGGACCAAGCCACCCGCUUCCCCCACAAGUACAGCCCACAAAAGUUAUUAAGUGCAAUAAGGCCUUUGAGACCUAUUUGCGUUUAUGUCGCCAUAAGUACAGGAAUCUGACGAGUGACCAGAUAUUGGCCAAGGCCAAGCAGGCGUGGCCCAACUUGACGCGUAGGCAGCGUACAAUGUUUGUGUGCCAGAGAUGCAAGAGACAACGCAAAUAGUGGCUCUAUCGAAAUCUUUAUUUAUUGUUCAAAUAAGUUAUAUUCUGUGUUCAUUGUGAUUCUUGUCAACCGAGUCUUUUGGCAAGCAAGUGAGCUCCAAUAGAAAGUAUCUGAAAAUUCAAUAUCGAAAAAUGUCUUGCAUAUGUCAAUACUACGCUCCGGCUUUGAAUAGCCGCAGCCAAAUCUUACCAACUGCAGAUGAAGAAACCGAGGAAAACGUUGUGGACAUCACGAAUGCGUCCGAGUCCGAUGAUACGAAGAUUGCCGUCUGUGCCUCGGAACUGGCCAGUUGUCGGGCCGAGAAUUGGCUGCUGAAAAAGAAGUUGCACGACUACGAGAUCACGAUCGAAAAUUUGGAGCAACUAGUCGCCACAGUGGUAGACAAACAGCACCACAUUCUCGGUGAGAUGUUUGAGCUGCGACAGAAGAACCAGGAACUGGACACCGAGUGUCGUCUGCAGCGUGAAUACCACUUGGUGGAACGCAAUGCAUUGCUUCAGCAGUUGCAAGAGGCAAAAACAUUGAUAUACCGUAGCACCAAGAUGCUGCAGAGCACGUCAACUUACACGUCCGACCACUCGGAGACCGACGAAUCCUAUUCCGAGACGGCGCUGCAACAUCAAAUGCCUCCAGAGGAGCAGCAGGAUGAGGGGGAAGAAAACAAUAGCGAAAGCGACGUUGAAACUGAUCUUGACAGCUAUAAUGAGGAUGAGUCUGAGUCCGACAGCAGCUCAUCGAUAGCAUCCUCACGCUCCCUAACUCGUGGCUCAUCAACUGCCAGUUCCCGCUCCAGCUCUCCACUUUCCAGCGAUUCCGAAAUCCCUGAAACAGACAGUGACGUUGAAACGGAGCGAACGGACAGUGAAACCGAUAACACCUAAACAAAGACAUUGUCCACAGCUUGUUAUAUAUUUUUCUACUUAUAUAUCGUUCACGUUUUCCCAAGACACACACAAUCCAUGAGCACACCUAAUCAGAUUGCCUUCUCUGGUUAGGCCUUUUAGUGAGAAUGAGAGACGAAAUUUGUUAGUAGUGUAAGGCCCACUCAGGUCGUUCGUAUAAAACAGCACCUGUGUGCAGUCUAAAUAAAAUUUGCAUUUACCGUUCAA